CCAGAGUAGAGUACAGCGUAUAAAAAAACAAGUACGAGCACUGUCCAUAUGAUGCUACCAAAAUAAAAUUUAAGAAAAUACGUAAAGGCAACAGAAAUCAAUCAAAUAAUGACUGGAAACGAAAAUGUAUAUGAAAGCAUUAGCGCAAAUGCUAAUGAUAACAGGCUCGGAGGACUUACACAGGACAUAGUACAGAAUAAAAGGCGAGAUAUACCAGUUCAGCAAACCAAGAAGAACGAAUUGCUUCCCCAGUUUGAAUCUAAAACUAGAAACAUUCAAUUAUUGCAUCAGUUGAUCAGCUCUGUUCAAUCAUUCGGAGAUUUCUGUCUACUUGAUAUAUCGAGCGAUGGAAUGUGCUUCAGUAUAAAUGACGGUAAUGUUUGCAAAGUGCGAUUGAACUUGAAUCGAAAAGUGUUUCAGACUUACACUUUCAAUGGCGUUUGGAGAGAAAAAAACAACUUUUCAGCUGCUCAACUAUAUGCAGAAGACACGGAUUUUUCUGACGCAGAAGCUGAAGAAGAUGGCACGGAAAACUACGUCACAAAUAGCUUUGACUGCGAUGCAAUCAUUUCGGUAAACCUAAACAUUGCCUCAUUCUUGGAAACGAUGAAUAUCCACGUCAAAGAUAGGAAAGAUGCAGAACAACGGGUUGAGUGCACCUUGAGAUACGAUAGAGAAGGAGAUCCGUUUGUUAUGGUGUUUGAAGAUGACUCCAUAAUUGAAAGAUGUGAAUUGAAUACCUACUACAUUGAUGAUCUCCGAUCCAAGGGCAAAAAGUUGAAGAAAAAGAAUAGGAAGAGUAAAGAGAAAAAAAAUACAACCGACAACAUUGAUGUUAUCGAGAGCUUUGAUAUUGAUAAUCCAAUCAUUGAUGACUCUAUUUUUAGAUUGGAUUCAAAUAAAAUAUUAUACGACAUUAUCAUUAAAUCCAACAUAUUACAUGACAUUAUAAAAGACAUGAAUGAUUUGAACACAGACAAAUUUGUUCUUUAUUGCCACAAGACAAAAGGCCACGUGGCAAAUGGUAUGAAUGAUGGCAAUGAUGAAAAGGAGCAUCGUUCUAAGCUUAUAUUCAUAUCAAAGUCAAAAUCUGAUACCAUAGGUUUUUCAAAAUUGAUUAUACCUCAAAGGAAACUAAAUAUCCCAGAGUUUAAACUUUUCAAACCUGUGAUUCCAGAAACUAACCCAGAAGAGUACGAGUUUGUCGAUUGUUAUGAUCUGUCGUUAUCUUCUACGUACCAUUUUGAGUAUUUCUCACGUUUACUCAAGGCAAUCAGACUUUCCAAACUUAUCAAAAUCAGAAAAGACAUGGACGGAAUCACAUCAUUGCUAUUAUUGCUAGGGAAAAGUACACAUACCCUGAAUCAACAACAAGCACAGCGGCUGGACAAUAAUGACUUAUAUGGCUCCAGUAUUGAAUUUGUGACUUUGGAAAGUAUUUCAAUCGAUGAACUUUCUGCUUUAACACCUGAAACAAGAAGCCCUACAUUGUUAUCUAAGCUGGGCUACGGUAAUAAUUUUGUUGAACAAUUGAUAAAGGAUGAUCAAGAUGUUCAAACAAUACGUGUGGGAAAUGAUGGUCAAUUGAUAACAUUAGAUGAUUACUUUGGUAAAGACGCCAGAGCUGAGUUUGAAGAAAUUGAGAACGUUAAUAUCCAUGACCGAGAUCACGAAGGAUAUAGGGGCCUACCAAUGGAAAUGGAUAUAGUAGGCGAUUACAUGCCAGUCGAAGGUGUUCAUGCUGAUAAAACAAAGAACCGGCGCCAAGAUGACAAUAUAUUGCAGUUGACUGAGCAAUUGACUAUGUCAUUGCUAGGACAUGCAACGCCUACAGCAAUCAACAAUAUUGAAGUCGAACAGAGUAUGGUUGUCAAUGAUGAGGUUGAGAGUGAAGGGGAUCGGACUCGGAAACGUUUGUCUAACUACAGAAAGGAAAAAGACACCAACAAGAGAACCAAGAACCGUAAAACUAAAGGAAGGCCCAAAAAGGGUGCUAACGGCAAAAAGAAGAAUGAUGGCAUUGAAACUGUUGGUGGAGCUAUAGAGAUUCCUUUAUUUAUCUGAAAUACUCUCUUUCAAUUUGACUCAAAUUAUGUACCCGGGCUAUUCUUUUCAUUGAAACUUUUUUGAAUUGGUCAAGACCAUGUGGACCAUGUGUCUCUGCUAGAGAUUUCGAAUGACCCUAGUCACAUAAUUGAACUGUUUUUGCUUUGGUUUGUAUAUCUAUAAUCUAAUCACUGUAGGAGCUUCGCAUGUGAGAAUGAAACGGAUACUUAUUAGCAUCAAAUUAUACAUACGGCUCUAUUGUUUAUUACGUAAUUAAAAUUGUUGGUAGGACUUUCGUUUUUAAAUUUUUCUAAACUGG